AUGGCUGGCGGCGCUCCCGUUGUGGCUCCGGCCGUGUCCGGCGGCUAUCUCACCGGCCGAGCCCUCAUCUUCCCCCUGUCCCUCGUCAUCUCCCUCUUUUUCCUCUGGGGCUUCUCCUACGGCCUGCUUGACGUCCUCAACAAGCACUUCCAGACCGUCCUCGGCAUUAGCAAGCUCGAGUCGACCGGCCUCCAGGUCAUGUACUUUGGCGGCGGUUACCUCCUCUUCUCCCCCGUCGCCGCAGAGGCCCUGAAGCGCCGCGGCUACAAGUUCACCAUCCUCAUGGGCCUGUCCCUCUACUCCCUCGGCGCCAUCCUGUUCUGGCCCGUCGCCCACGCGUCCCUCUUCACGGACAACAAGCGCGCCAUCUUUGGCGGCUUCUGCGUCUGCACCCUCGUCAUCGCUUGCGGCCUCGCGACCCUGGAGACGUCCGCCAACUCGUACGCCGUCGUCAUAGGCAAGCCCGAGACCGCCUCGGCCCGUCUGCAGUUCUGCCAGUCGUGGAACGGCGUCGCCUCCUUCAUCGGCCCCCUGAUCGCCUCCAAGUUCUUCUUCGAGGGCGCCAACGCCAACUCCCUCACCAACGUCCAGUACGUCUACCUCGCAGUGUCCUGCGCUGGCGUCGCCGUCGCCGUGCUCUUCUUCUUCGCCCGCCUCCCCGAGGUCAGCGAGCAGGCCCUCGAGGAGGCCAGUCCCGGCGCCGACGCCCUCGGCCGUCCCGUCGGCCAGGGGCCCCUCUACAAGCAGUUCAACCUCAUCUUCGCCUUCAUCGCGCAGUUCUGCUACGUCGGCUCCCAGGUCACCGUCGCCACCUGGUUCAUCAACUACGCCCACGAGAACGGCGGCCUGUCCGACUCCCAGGGCGCCAACUUCCUCUCCUUUUCCCUCAUGACUUUCACCGUCGGCCGCUUCGUCGCCACCGCCCUCGCCACCGUCUUCCAGUCCGACUUCCUCCUCAUGAUCUACGCCGCCGCCGCCAUCGCCCUGACCGCCUACUGCACCGUCGGCAGCGGGACGGCUUCCGUGGGCGUCCUCAUGACCAUCUUCUUCUUCGAGGCGCCCAUGUACCCCAUUCUCUUCACCCUCGGAACCGCCAACCUUGGUCGUCACACCCGCCGCGGCGCCGGCAUCAUGGUGCAGGCUGUCGCGGGUGCUGCCGUCUUCGUGCCGAUCCAGGGCGCCAUUGCCGAUGCCGCGAACAUCAGGAUCUCGUACAUUGUGCCCCUCGUCGGUUUCACCUACGUCGUGGGCUACGCCGCCUUCCACUGGUUGCGCCACGGCCGCAACAUCAUGCGCGUCAAGGAGGCCGAGAAGCCCGCCGUCGAGACCGAGACGAAAGACAUGGUCAUCGACGGAGGCGAGAAGAAAAAGACCGACACGUGGGUCGAGAGUGUUUAG